CAGGUUUACGCGUAUCUCGACCUAAACGAUAAUAUAAUGACAAAUUUCUUUUAACAAUUUUGUUGUUCUUCAAUAUCUCCCAGAAUACCUGAAUCAAUAUUUAACUUCAUGCAGUGUCGAAAAUUAAGACAGAUUUUUCAAGCCAUGUAUGCGGUGUGAAUUCACAAAAUUUGUCAAGAUGGUUUCUGCAAAUGAUUUCGCUGAUAGGAUUCCAUACUAUAAGGCGCGUCGGUACAGUUCUAUUACGCGCCUCAAUAAAAUCGGACAAAUGCAUGGGGUGAAGAGAGUUAUGGUCUUUUGUGUGAUGACUACAGUCUUACCGUCCCUUCUUAUAAUUACUCCGCUAUAUUUGAAGCAUAGUGUUUUUGCCGACAUCACUUAUCCAGUGGCGGAAUCAGACGUAGUUGCCAUGCAAGAAGGCGUGUCUUCGAUUUUCUGCGAGUCCUUGUCUUUGCGGAUGAACUCCUCCUUCAACGCUUUUCUGCUCAAAGGGACACCGCAACUCAGCUCGAAAAGAAAACACAUAAGGCUCAAAAAAUCUAUGAUGCUACCUGAUGACACAUUGGAAUAUUGGGGAUUUUAUUUGUUAAAGGGUGCUUCGGUGAAAUUAAAGGUUUGUUCGAGGUACGAAGGUUCCAGAAUACUCGUAGUCAGAGGGGAAAAGAACUUGCGCACUUGCGGAUUAUUGGAACAUAAUUACGAAAAAUAUGGUGCAAAGUUCGACACCGAACAUAAUCUCGUCAAGGUGACCUACGAGAAUCCAGCAGAAGUGAUCGGUUUGGUAGACAAACACGAGUUCGUCGACGAUACAGGCGGGGAAGAUUUGACCAACCCGGAGGAGGAGGUGGACAUUUUUGUAAGGAAAAGAAUCGAAAAAGGCAAGGCGCGUCUUCAAAAACUGAACGCCACCGCUUCAAAUAAUCAGGCUGAUGCGAAACGUCCGAGAAGACACAUGAGAAAGGAUUUGAAGAAAUUGGAAGAACUGCGUCGCGUCUUGAGCGAAGAAAUGAACGUUCGGCGCAAGCGAAACCUCGCCGAACUCGACGCCCAUAUUAAACACGGCGGAAAUGCGCUGAACGCAACGGAAGUUUUCAACGAUAGUGCGAGUGUGAGCAGUUUCGAAACCGACUUGCUAACCUGCUAUGACGGGCAAAUCUUGUUGACCCAAGGAUUUCCUCCAAGUCACCUGUGCAACGAAGUGACGUAUUUAGACAGGAGCAAUCAUAUGGUUACCACACACGAAGUUGCUUCUGAUGGCUAUUAUUAUUACAUAUUCUAUUCAGACAACGACUUCGUUAAGAAUGACAUUCAUGCUGUUUUCGACAUCUACAAACCCACAUAUCGUUAUGCUAACACAUCAAGCAUAAAAGAAUGCGUCAAUAGCGAAGAAUGCAAGUUCCAUAUGGGUUUCAUGUCCGAUGAGGUAGUAAUUGUAGAGGUGCCAACCAGAGAUGGCAUUGAGCACGAGGCAGAUGAUAUUACGUAUUUAACCAGUACUUGUCAUCCAAGAAUGAGUAUUUAUAUGAUCUUUCCAAUAUUAGUGUUAUUACUGAUAUUAGGCUGUGCGUUUAUGUAGGCUACUAUGUAAAUAUAUUUUGUUACU